AUGCCAUCCGUCAAGUCGGCCGUGUCCGCCGCGAUCGACGCCAUCGGAGGCGUCUCCCGGAUCGGCGAGGACCCCGAUUCGCUCAUCCUCUUCAACGCCGCCUUCAGUGUCUGCUCCGAGAAGUGCCGCACCGUCAUCCGGGAGACGGGCUUCUCGCACACCAACGUCAACGUGGACCUGACCACGAUGAUCAACUACGAUCCGAGGUACGUGGCGCUGAGGCUCAUGGCGUGGGAUCAUGCGAUGCCGCUCGCCGGAGAGAUCGCCGGCUGGACGGGGAGCAGCUCGAUGGCCAAGACUGGCUUUGACCCAUGCGUGGUGCCGCUCCUCGUGGACAUGAAAGCCAACGGAGGCGAGGGCAUGGUCAUCGUCGACUCGGCGGUGAUCUGCAACUACCUCGUCAGGCUGGCUGGAGGUGCGCUCAUGCCGACGGAGCCACGCCAGCUUGCGCUCGUUCAAAAGCACAUCGCGCUCGUCGACGACGCUCCUCACCCGGCGCUACUGUACGACGCGCUCCCCGCCAAAGACCUCCGCCCGGCCUACCUGAAGCAUCUCACGGCUGGAGGCGGCCUCCACUUGCAGCAGAUCCGCAAACUCAAGAAUUAUCUGUCGCAGGAGGGCAAGACCUGGGACGACCCGCUCCUCAAGCGCGCAUACGAGGCCAAGCUCAAGAAGACGGAGGACGCACUCCGGGCGACACAAAGCAUGGAGGGCGGCGAUAGCUCCUACAUCGAGGGCUCCUUCCAAAAAAUGAGGGAGUACCUGCAGACCUUGGAGGCCGAUCUGAAGGCCAGCUCGGGCGAAUGGCUGUGCGGGGACAAGAUAACCCUGGCGGACGUCUUUGAGGGCUGCUCUUUGUACCGGCUGAUGUUUCUCGGCUGCGCCUUUUUGUACGAGGACUUGCCGAUCGUGGUGCGAUACAGCGGACGCCUCUUCAGCCGCCCGUCCUUGUUGCGCGCAGUCAUCCUCAACCGCGACACGAUGCCGAGCAAGCACGUCGCGCCCUUCUACGCGGAGCACGAGGGCUGGCUGUCGGGGGUCCUGCACUGCCGCAAGGAAGACCUGAUCAAUGUCAUGACCAAUCCCGCGACGCCGUAUGCCGCGGCGGGUGCGGCGCUGCUUGCGGUCACGUACCGACGGGAUCUCAAGCAGGACUCGCUGCUCGCGCACGGCGAAAAGGAGAGCAGCGCCCCACAGCUUCGCCGUGAAGCCCAGUCCGGCCAGGAGCAAAUCGUCUUCCACGAGCAGGUAGCGAUCGCAGCGCGCCGGAAACUGCGAUGCCCAGAUGACGUCAGCGACCUGCCUGGACGUUAG